GACUGGAAAUGUUUUUGGGAAUACUUUACGUGCCAGUAAUCAGCAAACUGGAAUGACCAGUCGUCCCUUAACUAGCCAAUCCACGACCAUGUCUGGUACAAACUUUAGCCAAUCAGCUGCUUCAAAUUCUGGCUUCUUUGGUGUAGAAACCGAAUCAAAACCUGGAGUUUUUGGUUCUGUACCUUCCCCGGCAGUGACUGUGGCUUUUCCAAGUGAAUCCCAAGCACAGAAAGACAUUGGCACAAACCCUUCAAACCAUACAUCGGGCAGCUCAAUGAGAUCUACUCCAAAAGCCAUGUCAUCAACAGAACAGUCAACAACUUUAUCUUUCACUUGUAGUGAAGAAGAUAUGCAAGCCUUCAGGGCGGACAGUUUUGUUCUUGUAAAGAUACCAGAGUGUCCACCACCAUUAGAGUUAUGUUAAAAACUUUGAUCCUUGAAAAGCUGAGAGACUCUUGGCAGCUAGUCUCGUUUAAACUCUAGCGUGAACUCUUUAGCUCUUCGUUUUCUAUUCCUGGCAGUCUUCACCUUCCUAAACUCUCGUUGUUUCUUUUUGGUUUAUUAGUGUCUCUUUGGUGUUUGUCCACUGCGGGAUUUUUUCCUAUAUUGGGUGGCACUGACGGGGAAACUAGCUGCAGAUCGCAACACUAUUUUACUAAAGGCACCAAGGAUUCCCGACCUGUCUUUUCUCGGUCUUCUUUAAUCACUUGGCUCUAAAAUAUACAAUUCUUCUUACA